AUGGUCUCGUUGAUAUUCGGAGGAUGUUGUGCGAAUGUGGGGCCGUUAAUAACAUUUGCUCAAUUCCUCCUAACUGCGCUUUUUAUGUCGCCGAGCUUUGUUUCGCCAUCAGCAGGCUUCCGGUCGUUCUUUCUUAGUCCGCGCUCUAUCCCAUUACGGUCAUGGCUCAUUUACACAGCAUUUUUCGUUACAGUCAAUCUCCUGAAUAACUGGGCAUUUGCAUACCGGAUUUCCGUGCCCCUGCAUAUCAUUUUAAGAUCUGGAGGCCCAGUCGCAUCGAUCGUGGUUGGUUAUCUUUACACUGGUAAAAGAUAUUCUCAAGGACAAAUGCUCGCUGUUGCACUACUUACCUUUGGGGUCGUCGCAUCCGCAUUAGCAGAUGCACAAGCGAAGGGACAAUCUAUCCAUAUUGAAGUCGAUCGGGAUUCUAGUAUAUUAAGCACUGUUAUUGGCUUUGCUAUUCUUGCCUUAGCAAUGCUUCUCUCUGCAUUUCAAGGCAUUUACGCAGAUCGGCUAUACGCAACUUAUGGACGGAACCAUUGGAAGGAGGCUCUUUUCUAUUCUCACACGCUUUCUUUGCCACUUUUCGUUCCGACCCUUCCGCAGCUUCUCGCACAGUGGCAUGCACUAAACUCGUCUCCAUCGUUGUUAUCCCAGGUUACGGCAUUGGCAGGGCAGGCCGGGGACACAAAUACAUUUUUUCAGCCCAUCUUAACUGGCAUUCCAGUUCAAGUUUUCCAUCUCCUAUUAAACGCAAUGACACAAUAUUGGUGUAUUCGCGGAGUCCAUCUUCUCUCUGCAAAGUCAUCGUCUUUGACUGUAACAAUUGUGCUGAACGUUCGGAAGCUAAUUUCACUCCUGUUGUCGAUACAUAUUUUUGGAAAUUCACUCUCGCAAGGUGUGCUCGUCGGUGCUAUACUUGUAUUUGUGGGCGCCGCCAUGUAUGGCUUUGAAGGCGCACGGCUCAGGAGGAAAGCGCUGAAGAGGGAUUAA